AUGUGCCGCAGGAAAUUUGGCAAGCAGAUCCAGAAGCGCCAGCUUGAGGUUCCCGAAUAUGCUGCCAGUUUUGUCAACUACAAGGCCUUGAAGAAGCUCAUCAAGAAGCUUUCAGCUACUCCGACCCUUGCUGCACAAAAUGACGGCCACCGCCUAGCCACACUUGCCGACUCGCAGGCUGCUCUGCAAGCAAACAAGGCAACUUUCUUCUUUCAAUUGGAGCGAGAGCUGGACAAGGUGAAUGCCUUCUAUCUGCAAAAGGAAGCCGAGCUCAAAAUCCGCCUCAAGACGUUGCUCGAUAAGAAAAAAGUCCUUCAGUCGCGCCAGGGCAUUUCAAGACGGUCGUCCAAAUUCACCACUCUCGAAGAAGGAUUCCAACAAUUCGCCACGGACUUGAAUAAGCUUCAACAGUUUGUUGAGAUCAAUGGCACCGCCUUUUCAAAGAUUCUCAAGAAAUGGGAUAAGACGUCCAAGUCCAAGACAAAAGAGCUAUAUCUCUCCCGUGCCGUCGAGGUCCAACCAUUUUUCAAUGCGACGGUCAUUAGCGAAUUGUCAGACCAGGCCACCACCAGCCUUCAGGAGCUUGGUGCGUGGUCUGAUGGAAUUCAGGUCAACUUCGAUUCGUCUACUGCGCAUGUUGUGACAAGCCAACAUUUCGUGGGAACCGAUGAAGGAGAUGCCGAUACGCUGUUGUUGGAUACCGUCAUUACCGGAAACCUCGAAUCGAUAAAAGACCUGCUUGCAAAGAUGCAAUCGGCCUCCCAGGCCAGCGAGAGCGAUGUUUCUUUGAUGGAGAGGCUGACAAGAACCUUCUUGACGGCGAUCAAUGAAGCUCCUAAGAGUGCUUUGCAGGUUCUUUUGGAUACCGGACUGGUGGACUUGCAUUCCUACGAUGACAUCAACGAGCGGAAUUGCCUACACCAGGCUGCCAUCUACGGUAGACAGCACGUCUUGGAAUGGGGUCUCGAGGCUAAAGUGGCCGUGGAUCGAACCGACGUUUACGGACGCGUGCCGCUGCACUAUGCUAGUUUGCACGGUCGCCUGGAUAUGUUGGAAACUUUGUUAAAUGGUAGGUUGAAAUUUUUAGAGCAACUGGUUUGGCGGGCUAUGAAGCUAACAUUUGAUUUUAAAAUAGCCAACCCCAGCACUAUUGACCUUAUCGAUCAUGACAACUUCACGCCACUGAUACAUGCCAUUAUUCAUGGCCAUGUUGAGUGUGUCGAGCGCCUUCUCGCCAGAUCGGCUCGUAUCGACCCUGUAUCUGACGCAGACCACGUGCCUCUGAACCUUGCCUGCGAGCAUGGCUCAGUCGCUAUUGUCGAAAUAUUGUUGAAACAUGGUGCAAAUAUCCUCCCUGAUGCCGAGGGACUGUAUCCUCAGCACCUGGUGGCCCGAUGUGGUCGGACUUCGGAUUUGCUCCUGCUCUUGAAGCAAUAUGGAGCUGACCUCGAUCAAGUCGACAAGCUGUAUGGAUGGACACCGUUGCUACAUGCUGCUAGUGAAGGAAAAGUCGAAUGUCUUCAAGCACUGCUCAAGAUUGGUGUCGAUGCGACAAUUCGAGAUGAAAAGGACCUACCCGCCAUGUACUAUGCCGCUUGGGAGGGCCACUUGGAGUGCAUGCAGCUUCUUACCCCGUUCAACAAGCGUCCGAAAGCAAGCCCGUUGGGAGGCCAGCCUACGAUUGAUAUUAUAGGCAGCAGCAAUGCUCCCUUACCAAUGUCACUGGAUCCGGAUGCCAUCCCGAUCCUGGAGUUGCCCCCACCAAUCAUUCCUCUUCGACGAUAUGGCCACAACUUCCUCGAUACCAAGACGGUGGUGCAACUCAGCUUCCAGGACUCGGGCGAGCAACCGCUGGUUUUCUUCCAGGAUGGCAAAUACCCGGCUGCUCGGUUGACGAUCUCCUCCAAGGUUUCCGAUCUUAUCCCCAAGAAUAUCAUUUUGCCGUUUCAAGAAGAUACCCGUAUUGUUUCUUUCCAAGUUGAUAACCUCAAGACUUUUUCACUGGACUUUGAUGUUUUCCCGGCGUAUGGCGCCAAGACGAUUGCAAAGACGGUGGUGCUACCGUCUGUAUUCCUGAACCAGUCAGGUAGCUCGAAAUCUUGCCUGCCGCUCUUUGACCCGCGGUUACGAGCCAUCGGCCAAAUCACCUUCAACACGCAGGUGAUUAAGCCGUUCAGGGGACAGCCUCUUGAAAUUACGGACUUUGAGACGUACUGGAAGGCAACAAGCCAGUUUAACCAGCCUACUAACGCCAUUGUGACCGGAUCAAGUCUAUCUGGCGACUAUGUCCGAGUCUUCGUCCAGUACACGAGCGAUGGGGUGCCCGUUAUCUGGCCGCAGUGGACGAUUUCAUGCGGCGGGCUUGAUAUUCCCGUUUGCAGACUUUCAUUUGCGCAGUUCGACGCCAUCACCUCCCAAACUGCCAGCCGUGCUCAGCUCGCGGGCCUAGCAACCAAGACGGCGGAUGACAUUGCCGAAAUUUACCACAUCUUGGCAACUGCAGGAAUAACGCUAAAGGACGCGCUGGCUAUCCUCCCUCCAGGCAUCCACGUCAAUCUGCAGAUUGUAUAUCCCACUGUCGAGGAGGAAGAGACACUGGCAUUAGGCCCGGCUCUUGACGUCAACGUCUAUGUUGAUUCGAUCCUCACGAUUGUCUUCGACCAUGCCCGUGCUCAGAGGGCACAGUCCCACUCGUCACACGUCGUGCGUUCCAUGGUGUUUAGCAGUUACAACGCACGACUAUGUACUGCUCUCAACUGGAAACAGCCCAACUUUCCAGUAUUUUUGUGCAAUGACUUGGGCCGGGACGAGAAGACAGUGGUCAACGGAAGGCGGACGACGUCGAUUAAGGAGGCGGUGCGGAUUGCACAGACGAAUAACUUUAUGGGUCUGAUAUGUUAUUCAAGGCUGCUGGAUAUGGUGCCGGCGCUGGUUGAUGCUGUCAAAUCGCAUGGACUUGCCCUCGUGAUGGACAAGUCUUCUGAUACCCCUGAAGCGAGCCCUCUUGUGGAUCCUUUCCCUCGGCCACCCAAGGGUGUCGACGGAAUUUUGAGAAGUCAUGGUAUUUUACGCUUUAAUGAUUCUAUAGACAUGUAG